CUACACGGUGUAACCUGUUUUUACAUAGAGCAUUCCAGCUAGAAGCAUAACAUAACCUACAAGUGAAUCCUUUUACCUUACGAAAAAUGGUUUAUCCAAGUAUUGAGUGUAUUUAAUUUUUACCUCUGCAGAUUGCAAAACCUAAGGAUAUGAGUACCGAUGAAGAGCUAAUUAUGGAGCCUGGCCUGGAAUUAUUGCAAAAGAAACAUAAAAAACACAAGCACAAGAAACACAAGAAAAAAAAAUUGUCGAUCGAGGACACUGCGGCUUUUCUGGAUAUAACGGGAGAUGCGGAAAGAAGAAAAAUUUUUAAAGUCAAGGUGAAAAAGGAAGAAGAAAAAAGCAUGGAAAAAAUACGUGAAAAGGCAAAAAUAUCCCCAUUGAGUAUACCAGGGCCGAGUACGUCAACUUCGCCAAAAGUUCCAUCAAAAAAAAAAAUGCCUAAAGGCAAUAGAGGAAAAGAAAGCGGAACUAGUAGCGAAGAAGAACGAUGGUUAGAUGCUAUUGAAUCCGGAAAACUUGAAGAGGUGGAUGAUGAGCUGAAAAAAAUUAAGCCAAAGGAUCCGAAAUUAAUGACGGCGCGUCAAAGGGCGAUGUUUGAACGAAAAACGGAUGCUGAACCCAAUUCUAGCGUCGAACAACUUGUUUCCUUGCCUACCGGAUACAAGGAAAAAGUUAUGACUGCCGAAGCGAUUCAAAAAGCAGCUUUGAAGUCGCUAAAACGCAAACAGCUGGCGGACGAGAAGAGAGAAAAAGAUAAGAAAAAAACAAUGGAGAGGCUGUUGAAGAAACAAGAGUCUAAAGCAUCGAAAUUUAUGGGUAAGGGGAGACCAUCUAGAAGACAAGUUCCCCUGGUCACCUAUAGAUUGACGCUGGAAGGAAGUUCCAUUUCAUUUCCGCCCGGAGAAGAAUUUCCCUUGCACGAAAUGAAAGAAGCGGAACCUUUAGCUCCGGUUUUAUGUGGACGGCCUCAAUGUACUCAACCAAAAAAGUAUUCAUGUUCAAAGACUGGCGUCCCUUUGUGCAGUUUACAAUGUUACAAGGCUAAUUUAGCAACAAUAUUAGUUUAGAUUUUAAUUUAUAUGAUUUACUUUAUACAUUUAUUAUGAAAAAAAAAUUCUUGUAAGAAAUUCUGACAGUAAGUAGAUAAAUUAUAUAUUAAAUUUGUAAAUAAUUGACUUCCCAAAGAUGAAUUCUUAGGAUUACUCAUACUAUUUAGUCUAAUGAUAUUUUUCUUGAUAUGAAAAAAAAAUAUUG